UCCCAGAAGUUGUGAGCUGUAAAGAUCCCGCACAGGUAGCAUCGUCGGUUAUCCCGUAUCUGGCCUCCCACGCGUCCGGAAUCCUGUGGUGCGCUUGUGGUGCAUCCCACGUUUGAUGAGACGUUCGGCUCUUACGUAUAAGAAACAACGGACCCCUGGCGAGGACCGUAUACGGCCACCAGCCCAUCAGCACACUUGGCAUACGAUACCAGGCGCCUUAUCUGGGUUCCGGUUCGGUUACCACGGAAGAAAAAAUACGCGACAUCCACGUUUCUUACGGUGUACGGACCCGCUGGCUGGGAUCAAUUUGAAGCAAUAGGGCGACGCCUGAUUCCUCUUACCAACCGGAACCGUUUAUGGGCGUAGCUAGGAAUCAUGAUGGUUCCGAGGUCCUUUUUCUACUCGCGCGAGUCGCGGGUAUUCCCAACUUCUCCCCUAAACGCGACGCCUAAGAUACCUCCACCUCACAGAAACGAUGAACUACCGUCGAAAAAUACUGUCGCUCCUCCCACAACCUCUACGAACGCUGAGAUAUCACCGAGAGACCGAGCAACGGCCAAACGCAAAGCGCUGCAGUCAGACAGGUUGUCACCGCCAAGCGGUAGCCCGCCAAGCACGACUAUGACGAACGCUGUCGCGCGACCUACUGCUCCUUCGAGCGCCGUGCAAAUUCCCAUCAAGUCCAAGUACGAUCCCGCACAUACCCAAAGAUUACGGCUUCAUGCGCAGACACACCGAAAAUAUUCUCCCCCCAACCGAAAGCCUCGAAAUGUCCACUCACCGGAUACCAUCCCUCCCUCGGUGGCCGCGUUGCUCGCCGUCACCAGUAUCCCGCCGCCUAAUCGACGCGGGUCCCCCCCGCGAAGACAGCUAAGGGAUUCGUCUAGAGGGUCGCGGAUGACCGUGGAUGAUAUCGUACAGCAAUCACAGGUUUCCGAGAAGGAGUUGAGUCGAGAGCUGAGUGAGGAAUUCGGUCAAGACUUGGGUGACCUAACUCCUCCGUCCUACGGCCGUAGCCCUAUGGAUGUGUUGCUGAGCCCUCCCGACACGCCCGACGAGGAUGAGGCAUCGGUAAACAGCGACAGCGCGUUUACGUCUGCCUUUUCAACCCGUGCAGCAUCCCUCGAGAGCAUCCCAUCCCUUAGCGACUCGUUGGGGACCUGCGAAUCUCCCUUAAGUCCACGAGGAAGGAGGUCACGGGUCCUGAAACGUUCCCUAGAACCGCUCUGCUCGCCGCCCGGGGAGCGUCUAGAACACCCACUCUCGUCCCGAAAUUCCAGCAGUCUAGAGUUUGACCAGCUUGACUUUCGGGUCUUCGAUACCAAAUCAGUCCCGGCGGCGCAGAAGCAGACCGGGUUCCUGCCUCUCAGAUCCGUCUUCAAGUCAAACCUGACAGCAUCGCUCCGCGCCCUCCGUUCCGCAGCUCGGUCUCUGUCUACUUUUACCGCGUCUUCGAUCCCUCCCCAAGACCUGCUUACUAGGUCCAUCCUUACCAUCGAUCCCCGUGUUCCGUUCACCGAUGAGAGAAUGCCCCCUAUUCUGGGAGACGAGCCCAGCGAGGCAAUGCGCCGCUACCUUAAUCCGACUACUAGCUCACGACCCGGUUCGCGCGUCGUCUCGCCAGUCCGCAGCUACACGGCUUCUAUACAGAUGCAGACAUACAAGAUACACAAGUCGAGAAGCGCGUCGCCGGCAAGCCGCUCGGGAGGGCACUCUAACAAAUCCUCGAGCGCGUAUGUCUUCCCACCAGGUCCUCGGCAGCGAGAAAUGCGCGAGAAUUCAGACUUCAUCCGCAUCGCUGUGUUGGAACAUCUGAUGCGAAAACGCGGCAAAUUGGAUGAUCAGCGGGAAGGUCACGCGCGCUGGCUUCUGCCACCGAGGAAAGCCACGCCAAAACCGUAUGAGAUUGGCGCGGACGGCAUACCUACUAGAUGGAUUGCCAUUUCUCAGGAUGUCGUCUAGGCUGAUUCCGAUAUUACCCCCUGAGCCACGGCUCUUGAACCUCGCGAGGCAAAUCGGAGUGUGGUGCAGGGGGCGGGGGGGGGGAGACUGCGAAGCCACUACAGGCUAUGCCUCGUAUACCAAACGACCGAAGCUCGCGACCGGUCGCCAAUUGAUUUUGGCCCACAUGCUACGUCAACGGCGACCCUAGACAAUAAUACAUCCCGACGAAUCGCAGGCUGUUUAAUACUUCCUAUCCUGCCGACAUCGCCAGUCGGAAUGGAUCC